AUGGAUGAGCCACAGUUCCCCGGUGGGGGGGUGGGCGACUCGCGUCUGGCGCAGGUAUUUGAUGAAGUAUUCUUCUACCAUGCUUUCGGUCUUUCCAAACAGCAGACGCCCAUCAACUUCAAGCGCAAGUACAGACGUAAAAGCGACGAACGGCGUUAG